UUGCCAUUGUCUGCUUUGAACCGAAGCUCAAGCGAUAAAGCGUAUAUAAAGAGUCGAAGCAGUCGCCUUUCUGGAAAGUCGACCAGCCGCGAUCUCAAGUGUUGAAUCUAUUGCGCUUAUACCCGUACUUCGUCGAACCCCACUUUCGAGCCGGAUCGUGUUCCUACGCGCCCGCCAAACGUCAUACACCAUCAAGUCCCCAGUUUUUUGUUGCGAUCAACCCUUAGAUCUCCCUCCAUCAUGCAGAGUAUGUUCCACACACACCUCUUCUCUGGAGAUCUUCUCUUUUUCCUGUUUUCCCUUUGCCCCAGAAUUUGUGUCCCUCUGCGUCAGACCAUGCAAUCCAAGAUCCGGUUUCCACAGCCGGCAUGAAGUCAGAUCUACUCCACAAAAUUCACUGGAUCAGACACUGUCCGAUACAUACGCUAACGCGGCCAUCAGCCAAACACUUCUUCUCGGACCCUACCCAUCUGGUCCAGACCGCCCUGAACUCCCUGACUCUCACAAACCCUUCUCUUGCCUAUGACCCCGAAAACAAAAUUAUUUUCCGUCGUCCGGAUACGACUUCAAAGUCCAAGGUCGCGAUUGUGUCUGGAGGAGGAUCCGGCCAUGAGCCUGCCUUUGCCGGCUAUGUUGGCAAGGGUUUCCUAGAUGCCUCGGCCGCCGGGACCAUUUUCGCCUCUCCUUCCGCAGAGCAGAUCCGUAAGGCUGUCAUGGACUGUGUCGACAACGAGAAGGGUGUCCUCAUCAUCCCCAUGAACUACACUGGUGAUGUCCUCAACUUCGGUAUGGCUACGGAGAAGGCCCGCGCCGCCGGUAUCAAGACUGAAUUCUUCGCCAUCAACGACGACGUUGGUGUCGGCAAGAAGAAGGGCGGCAAGGUCGGCCGUCGCGGUAUUAGUGGUGGUAUCCUCAUCCUGAAGAUCGUCAGCGCGCUGGCCGAAGCUGGUGGAUCUCUCGAGGAUGUUUACCGCACCGCUCAGUUGGCAAACAAGAACCUCGUCUCAGUUGGCUCUUCCCUGGAGCACGUCCACGUCCCUGGCAGAGCCCCGCCAACAGACACCAUCCCCGAUGGUGAGGUCGAGGUCGGCAUGGGCAUCCACAAUGAACCGGGAUCUCACCGGGAAAAGUUCGAGCUGACCGAACUGGUCGCUACCAUGCUCCUUCAGCUCUUGGACCACAACGAUCCCGACCGCGCCUGGAUCACUCGCAAGCCCGAUGAUGACUUUGUGCUGCUGAUCAACAACUUGGGUGGUGUGAGCGCUCUCGAACUUUCGGGCAUCACCGAUGAGGUGUACCGCCAGCUGAACAGAGACUACAACGUUCGGCCCAUCCGCGUGAUCCAGGGAACCUUCCUCACCAGUCUGAACGGCCUGGGCUUCAGCAUUUCUUUGAUGAAGCUCGUGGACUCUGGAUUGGGCGAGGGCAAGUCCUUCCUUGAACUCCUUGAUGCCCCCGCUGAGGCGGUUGGCUGGUCUGCUCCCAUCCGUCCUGAGACCUGGGAGCACCGCUCUGAUGCUCCUGUUGAGCUGAAGAGGACCAAGAUGCCCGAGGAUCAGCCCAGCAACGUCAAGUUGGAUGUUGAUUCCCUCAAGAAGGUCCUGGGCAGUGCACUCAAGCGUGUCAUUGCCGCCGAGCCCGAAGUCACCCGCUUCGACACCAUCGUCGGAGACGGAGACUGCGGCGUAGGCUUGAAGCGUGGCGCCGAGGCCGUCCUUAAGCUCGUCGAAGACCCCUCGUCUCCGCUCACCGACGAUGUCGUGAACGCAGUGAACCGCAUCGUCAGCAUUGUCGAGAACGUCAUGGAUGGAACCUCCGGAGCCAUCUACGCUAUCUUCCUGAACGCCCUGGCCCACGGUCUUCGCGAGCAAGACCGAGGCACCACCACCCCCGCCACGGUGGAUGUCUGGGCUGCUGCACUGUCCUACUCCCUCACCGCACUGUCCCGCUACACCCCCGCCCAACCCGGUGACCGUACCCUCCUGGACGCCCUUGUACCCUUCUGCACGCAGCUCCAAAAGGCCAAGGACGUGCACAUCGCCGCCAAAGCAGCACAGGAAGGCACCGACUCCACCAAGAACAUGAAGGCCAGCCUAGGACGGUCCGUCUACGUCGGCGGCGAAGAAGAAUGGGUGGGCAAGAUCCCCGACCCCGGCGCUUACGGACUCAGCGUGUUCCUUAAUGGUCUGUCUGAGGCGCUGUAAGGGAGUUGGAGAGAGAAAAAAUGUCACUUGCAGUUCUUUUCUUUUCUUCGGGGCCAGGGUAAAUAUAUAAUUUGCAUCCGCUGGUGAGGAUAUUAUGGGUUAUUUUCUUGACUCUUCUUAUCUUAAUAUAAUUUCAUGAUGAUGAAUAUGAUGAUAAAUUGGGCGCGUUUUUGCAUGUCUGCUUCUUUGUAUUUACUGCUUAGCUUUCAGUAUUGAAUAGUCAGGAUCAUGGUCGGG